AUAUUUAUGACAAGAAAAAACUUUGAUAUAAAAAUCAGUAACCCAAUGAAUUCCGUACACAUUCCAAUCAAAACUUUUGGAAAUGUUCAAUUGGAAAUACUUGCUAAGUCAGCUUCGUUUGGACAAGAUAUUUAUGACAAAUUGAUUUCUCCAAAGUUGGCAGACCAUUUAUUGGUUCGAACAUGGAGACCUAAGCUUUCAGACACUGCUUUGGUAUCAAACGUCAUCAAUGCUUGUUUUCCCAAUAAAAUUGCGUUCAACCAUGGGAUAGAUCACUCUAAGUGGGCGGUAACUAAAAAAAAACAUUUGAUUUGUAUCGGUGAUAUAAAUAGACAGGAAACUCAAGCAAAGAGAGGCGGAUUGUCACUUUGUCUGACAAAUGCAGACGCGUCAAAAGAAUUUCGAGAACUUGACAAUCGGUGUGCAGCCAACAAUAAACGUGUACCACCCAAGGGAAUAUGUCCCAACCAAAAAUGGGCAAAAAUCUCACCAUAGAAACGCUUUGACUUUUAUUCAUCUAACGGAAUAAUCAAUUCUUGGUUUGAAAACUACUUGUAUUUCAAAUUAGUUUUCAAUUGAACAAAUGAAUCCAACCACUUAUUGACUUUUAUAAGAAUGUUGAACAGUUAACAUGUAUGCUUAGCAUAAUGAAUAAUUUUUUCGGUUUAUAUAAAAUCCACAGAAAAUAUACGAGGUAAAUUUUCCAGAAAUCUUUUUCAUAAAGAAAUACAAGACAUAUAUCAAAAACAAAUAUUCCUUUUAAACUAAUGAUCGAAAUGGAAUAUCAUUGGUAAACUCUGUUUAUGUAAUACAAAAUCAUUACGCCACAUUCAAUAAACUAUAUAUA